AUGUCAUAUAACCCUUUUAACAGUGACUAUGUUAAGCUUUUAGCUGAGAAGAAACGGGCGCUUGCUGCUGAAGGUCAACCUGAAAAACCAUUGAAGGCUCAAAAAAUUGAAACACCACAGGAAGAGGAUAAUCAUAAUCCGAAGUCUGAAGAUAAUUUAGUUGAUGAUGACAUUCAGAAUAAUAAUAUUACAUCUGGAGAGAAUAACGAAAGUUUUGAUGUUUCUAUUGAAAAUAUUAUAACGUUGGAUACUGGUACCUUGGGUAUAAGUUUUUUAGUCAAUCAUAAACCAUGGCAUGGUGGUCCUAAAAAUGAAAGGUUUACUAAAAGAUCAAUUAAUGAAGUUAAACAAAUUAAACUUGAUCAAUCCAGUAAUUCUGAAGAUUAUUCAAUUAUUUAUGAUGUUAAAUUAGAUCCAUCAAGCUUUGAUGAAUUGACUUAUGGUAAUCGUUCAAGCUUUAAUCGCUUUUUAAAAUCAAAUACUUAUCAUGGAUGUGCUGAACAUCAUAAAAAGACAUAUAAAGAAGAUAGAUAUAAUCAUAAUUUUUGUGAUCGUUGUGAAGAUGAAGCUGAAGAAACGAAGAAUUUAUUCAAAUUGAAAUUAAGAUUUUAUUCCGAUGUCUCACCAAAUGAAAGUUUUGGACUUACUGCAUUCACUGAUGUUGUUGAACAAAAAUUAUUUAAAGCUGUUUUAGGUUUCAAUCAUAAAGACUUAUUCCGUGGGUACAGUGAUUUUUUGAUUAGAAAGUUAAAAACUCAAGUUAUUCCACACUCAUCAGAUCAAGUUUUUGACAUCAAGAUCAAAACAGAUGAUAAUUCAUUUUUUGGAGCUGAUGUUCAGGAAGAACAACUUUCGAAAGAUGAUCCAGUCAUUGACUCUAUCUCUAAUGUAUUAAAUGACCCAAUUAUUGAAACCCCACCUCAAAUUUCUGAAGAACUUAAAAAACCAGGUAUAAGUUGUAUUGUUAAUCAUAAACCAUGGCAUGGAGGUCCUAAACAUGAAUGGUUUGUUAUAAGGACAAUAGAAGAAGUUGAAAGUAUUAAGAUUGAACCUUCAUUUUCAAGUGAAGAUAAAUAUUCAGUAAUUUAUGAUGUUAAAUUUGAUCCAUCAAGUUUCCAAGAUUUAAAACAGAAUAAAAUCAAUAAUUUUUUAAAUGAAAAUACUUAUAGAGGUUGUAAAGAACAUCAUAAAAAGGUUUAUAAAAAGGGAAGAUAUGAAUAUGAAUAUUGUGAUAGAUGUGAGGGAGAUUCUGAAGAAGUUGAUAUUUUAUUUAAAUUGAAACUUGGAUUCUUACCAGUGAAUGAUACUGAUCUUAAAAAUGGACCCUUAAAAUUAACUGCAUUCACUGAUGUUGUUGAAGAGAAAAUAUUUAAUAAUAUUGUAAAAGAAUACUAG